AUGCCAAAACUCAAGGCACCUCGCGCAAGAACAUCCAGAAGUUGCGAGAAUUGCCGAGUCGUGAAACGACGCUGCGACAAGGAGGUUCCCCAGUGUGGUCAAUGCAUUCGCACGCGCGAAAUCUGCCUUGGAUACCGCGAUGAAUGGGAUUUAAUCUUCCGUGACCAGACAAACCACACCAUUAAACGGUCCAGUAAGACACGAGAAACGAAUGGGUUCUCGACCAGGGCUAUCCCGUUGACUCCACCUACCCGAGGUCUGGAUCCCAGUCUCGAGGAGAUAGGCGUGAAUUAUUUCCUCCGGGACUUUGUCGCAGGUGGUCUCUCCCCUUCACGCGGAUAUCUGAACUAUAUCCCGACGGUCUAUUCUGCCGAUGCGGAGCACCCGGCCCUCGUUGCCAGUAUGGCGGCCGUGGGCCUCGUCGCGUUGGCCUCUCACCAGCCCGAGCUGGUCAUUCGUGCGCGCGCCAAAUACUCAGAGGCGAUCCGCCUUGUGAACCAGGCGUUAGCAUCCCCGGCGGAGUCCGUCAAAGACAGCACCUUGAUGUCGGUGAUAUCGCUGGGAGUUUUCGAGCACAUCUCCAAUUUUGAGUCUUGGGUUCGACAUGUCAAAGGAGCUGCAGCGUUGGUGGUUGCCCGCGGCAAAUCUCAAUUUGCCCGUAGGCCUGCCAUCCUGAUGUUCAACCAGGUGCGCGCAGAUAUGUCAACUGCUUGUAUUCAGACCGUACAGCCGUUUCCAGACGACUUGCAGGAGCUGCAGGAAGAGGCGACCAAGUACACCGACCGUUCGGAUGCAUUCUGGUUACUCGGAGUGCUCGCCACGCGGUGCGCAACCCUUUUCGCGGGCGUCGCAAAGAAGCAUGAUGACAAGUCUUUACUGAUACCCACGUCCUGGUCGGACUUCCUAGAAGAAUCGAUCGCGAUUCAGAGUGAUUUCCAAUAUGUGCUUGAUAUCCUUACUACGCAAGAACCGUACAUAACAAUCAGGGAACCCCGUGGGGGCGCGACCUUCAUUUCUUGUAAUGGCCAAUAUGACCUAUACAAGACAUCUUGGGCAAUAAGACUCUGGAACAACUCUCGAAUGGUUGAAAUCAUCGUUUGCGAGAUUAUAUGCUGGCUCAUAAACAAGAUGCUCACCGAGGAGCCGGCUUAUCCCGCUGAGGGCCACCUGAAGCUUCAAUCUAAGCUCCGGUAUACAAUGCAGAUUAUUUCAAGACGAGGGGCGGAGAUACUGGCCAGCGUUCCACAGGGCCUAGGGCUUGUAUCGGUCCCUGAUGCUGAUAGACCCCAAGAACCCAACGUGUAG